GUUAUAAAGCGGAUGCACCGCCAGAUGAAGACGGAAAAGCAGCUGAAGUGCGACUCACAUCUAUGGCCAAACCGGCUGAUCAGCGCCUGGAUUUCUGUCUUAUAUCCGUUAACAUUUAGUUUGUGUCCGUUGUAAAUACUACACGGCUGUUGGAUUCGUACCUUCUAAUCACUUUCGUACGUUAUAAGAAAGUUUAAACCAUGGCAACAGCCCUGAGUCUGGAGUUGGAUCCGAUCUUCCUCAAGGGUCUGGGUUUCCUGCACUCCAAGAGCAAAGACUCAGCUGAGAAACUCAGAGCCCUGCUCGACGAGUCUAUGUCCAGAGGUAGUGAUUCAUCCUACCGAUCAUCGAUAAAGGACAUUGAGAUCCCAAAGGGGUCUGCGUCCAAGUUAAGCCUCAGUAAGCAGGACUCCAAGUCCUCGUCCAGUUCCUCCUCAUCCCCCAGCAGCAGCAGCAGCAGCAGUGGCAGCAGUAAGUCCAUCCACUCGGAGAAGAGCAAGAAGGAGGCAGAGAAACGCCCUGCCGAAAAGAUCAGGGUUGAGCUGUGUGAGGUGGAGCCUCCUAAAAAGCCGCGUCUGGAGAGGCAGGAGAGCCGCUCAUCGCCCAUCACCGUUCAGACCAGCAAGGACCUCGUCCAGCCCAGCAUGCACGACUACGAUGAGACCAACGCAGACGACUUUGCCAUGGAGAUGGGCCUGGCUUGUGUGGUGUGCAGGCAGAUGACGGUCACCAUGGGUAACCAGCUGGUGGAGUGCCAGGAGUGCCACAACCUAUACCACCAGGACUGCCACAAGCCCCAGGUGACGGACAAGGAGGUCAACGACCCGCGCCUCAUCUGGCACUGCGCCCGCUGCACCAGGCAGAUGAAACGCCUGGCCCAGAAACCCCAGAAGCCUCCCCAGAAGUCGAGCCCCGUCGCGGCCUCCGCCGCCCCCGUAGUGAAGGACGCGCUGGUGAAGAAGACAGAGAUGAAGUCAAAGACCGACGCUGCCAGCAGCUUUCAAGCUUUCAAAAGAACCGAGUUGAAGACUUCCGCGCCUGCAGCCAACCCCGGUGGCACCGGCGCGUCUUCCGCAGGCAGCGGCCUCACGGGGUGGGCCGCCUUCGUGGCCAAGACCACCCCUUCCUCCGUUAUGUCCAGCACCAAGCUGGCAUCCUCGGGCUCCAGCACCAAUGCCAGCGCCCAGAAGCCAGCGGGGCUGUCGGGACUGGCGGGGGGGACCAAAAACGGAGCGGGGGCCGCCAAACCGUCGGGCGGCGGCGGCGGCAACGGGGGCGGUUCGAGCGCGGCUCCGUCGAAGCAGCCGCCGCCCCUCACCCUGGGCAAGCAGUCGCUCAACCGCUCCUCCAGCGGGGAGGGCCAGGGGAAGGCGCCCUCCGGGGGCGGGGGGUCCCCGGGGUCGUCCCACGGCUCCGGGGGGAACGGCGGAGGGUCCGGGAGCAAUGGGGGCGGGAACGGGAACAGCGGGAACGGUUCGAAGGCGGUCGCGGGGGACAAGGCCCCCACCUCGCAGGAGUCCCAGCUGAACGCCAUGAAGCGCCUUCAGAUGGUGAAGAAGAAGGCGGCGCAGAAGAAGCUCAAGAAGUGAGCGUAGGUGCGGAGGAGAGAGACUGAGCGCGGAUGUGGGGAAUGAGGGCAGACAUUUUGUUUAAUGAUCCAUCUGUAAAGGGUGUGACACCGUUCACGAGGGUGCUCUUUGUUUCUCGUUUCAAGUGCUGCUGGAGUCUAUGUGCCUCGUUUGGUUUGGUCUAAACAAAUGUUACCCGUGAAUAACUAUUUUUUAUUGACAAAGUAAAUAAACAAAAAAAAUUAAA